CCAUACUUAUACCUGUCUCUCCUAUUUUAUUCUACUCAUUAUUCUUACUAUCUUCCUCUCUAUACCACUACUAUCUCACUACUAUCUAUAUCACUACAUCUCUACCAUCCUCUACCAUAUUUGAUUAUGGCUACUCACGUUAUCACUCCCACUACUACUACUACAAACCAACAAAUCUCUCUCUACGGCCAUCCCUCGCCCGCUUCUUCGAAUAAUACCACCCCCACUACCACCACCAACAGCUCUCCCACUUCUCCUCGUCUCUCCUCUGCUACUCUGAAUCAAUUGCCCCUUCAGUCUCGUCAACUGCGUCCUCCCAAGGCUCCUCUCUAUGUCCCUGCGGCUCUGCGCCCGACCGAACGUCCUCAGAGACACUCGCCCCCUACUCCUCCGCGCAGUGUGCAUGGCUCGCUUGACAGUCUGAGCAACAGCGACUCCGAGGUUCAUGAGCCUAUCAGUCGUCGCUCCACCAUGGAUAGCACCACCAGCAGCAACGGUAUUAUCAGCAAGUUGGCCGAGGAUGAGUGGAUGAAGAAUGAAGACUUGGGUUCGGUUACUGGUUUGCCCACCAGAGACCACUGGAAAGCGGACUCGGCUUCUUCCAACUGCGACUCUCCCACCUGCCGCUCCUCCUUCGGUCUGUUCCUGCGUCGACACCACUGUCGUCACUGUGGUCAUGUCUUCUGCUCCUCGCACACUCCUCACCUCGUUCCUCUCGACCAGAAUGCUCGUUUCCACCCUGACGGUGUGCCCUCUCGCACCUGUGAUCUCUGCUGGCACGCCUUCUCCCGCUGGGAGGAGUCUCGCACUGAACGUCUGAACAAGAUUCAGAGUGUCUUGGAUGCACAACAAACUGGUCCGUCCGAGAUCUCCCAAGACUCGGAUGUCUCGGACGUUUCUCAGGAGGACACCUCCAAGUCCACUCUCACGCCUCCUCUCGCUCAGACUGGUGAAAUCGCAGCCAGUGUUCCUCGCGGCUGGAACUGGAGCACUUUCUAAUUUACUCGUUACGAUACCCUACUGCCGCGGCGCUCUAAUACUCAACUCCAUACGCCCGCUAGACUGCUUGCAUUGCUUGCAUAUGCGCACGAUUUUUUUUU